AGACGUCGGAGAUGGUAAUUGAGAGGCAGAGGCUAUGGUGUACAGAAGGUGCCUAGUCGACUUUGCUGACCUGUGGACUUCAGCGCUGUCGACAGCCAAUCUGCUCAGCUUCCAAGCCACGGUAACGACUAUUGAUUCUUCUGCAUCAAUACUAUAAUGGGCUGGCUUCCCAUCUUCGGCAUGGGUGUUCCUGUUGGGGUUGCAUCAUACUACCCAGAUUCGACCGUGGUGAUGGCAUUUUGCCCCCAGUCGUGGGGCAUCCGGAGCCGAUGCUCGGCAGAUUUUUGGCAUAUAUGUAUGUCCCCUAAACGCAUUAGGAAGCAAUGGCCGAUUUCACGCGAUUCAUGGAGCGACAAAGAGUCCACAGGCAUGUUUGAGUGCUUUUCAGCCAAGCUGUUUCGACUCGUCUACUGGUACGCUUAUAAAUCCAUGGUCUAAACUAAUGGCAGUCAAGAAAAACCUUUCACAUCUCCCAUGUAUGAUGUGAUUGCCCACAAUGCGCGAGUAUAUAAACGGUUGUGCCCAUCCCUUGACUGUUUCAGCU